GCUGUUAGUGAGCUUGUCACACUUUUCAAGGUGGUUGCAGCAAUUCACGUUUCCGCACACAAUUUUCCACAUCUGUUUCUGUUUCUGCUCGCGCCGAUUGAUUAAUAUACCAUCGUCUUCUCGCAAGCUUUCUUCGCAGAGAUUGAACUGAUCAACGAUCAUGGCGUCGAGGACCGCUAUUUGCAGAGGACUUCUCAGGAGAAACUCCAUAACCGGAGCCCGAUCUAUGUCCUCCUGGUGGACAAGUGUUGAACCUGCCCCCAAGGAUCCGAUUCUCGGCGUAACCGAAGCCUUUCUCGCUGAUCCGAGCCCCGACAAAGUGAACGUUGGAGUUGGAGCUUAUCGUGAUGACAAUGGGAAGCCGGUUGUUCUUGAAUGCGUCAGAGAAGCAGAGAGGAGGAUUGCCGGAAAGAUGAACAUGGAAUAUCUCCCCAUGGGAGGAAGUGUAAAAAUGGUGGAAGAAUCAUUAAAGUUAGCCUAUGGAGAGAAUUCUGAUUUAAUCAAAGAGAAACGAAUUGCAGCAGUGCAAGCUCUUUCGGGAACUGGUGCUUGCCGACUCUUUGCAGACUUCCAGAAACGUUUCAGGCCAGAUUCCCAAAUCUAUAUACCUGUGCCGACAUGGGCUAACCAUCACAACAUCUGGAGAGAUGCCCAUGUCCCUCAGAGGACAUUCCAUUACUACCAUCCUGAAUCAAGAGGCUUAGACUUUGCAUCAUUGAUGGAUGAUGUGAAGAAUGCCCCAAAUGGUUCGUUUUUCUUGCUUCAUGCAUGUGCUCAUAAUCCUACUGGAGUGGAUCCAUCAGAAGAACAAUGGAGAGAGAUUUCAUAUCAGUUCAAGAUAAAAGGUCAUUUCCCCUUCUUUGACAUGGCGUAUCAAGGUUUUGCCAGUGGUGAUCCUGAGAGAGAUGCAAAGGCUAUCAGAAUCUUUCUUGAGGAUGGGCAUGCCAUUGGAUGUGCCCAAUCAUUUGCCAAAAAUAUGGGACUUUAUGGCCAGAGAGUAGGAUGUCUCAGCAUUGUCUGUGAAGAUGAAAAGCAAUCAGUGGCUGUGAAGAGUCAGUUGCAACAACUUGCCAGACCCAUGUACAGCAACCCGCCAGUUCAUGGUGCUCUUAUUGUUACUACGGUACUUGGUGAUCCAGAACUGAAGAAUUUAUGGCUCAAGGAAGUGAAGGGCAUGGCUGAUCGCAUCAUAGGGAUGAGAUAUGCUCUAAGAGAAAACCUUGAAAAGCUAGGUUCAUCCUUAUCAUGGGAGCAUAUAACUAAUCAGAUUGGUAUGUUCUGCUAUGGUGGCUUGACACCUGAGCAGGUGGAUCGCUUGACAAAUGAGUUCCACAUCUACAUGACUCGUAAUGGUCGUAUCAGUAUGGCAGGUGUUACUACUGGAAAUGUUGCAUACUUGGCAAAUGCCAUCCAUGAAGUCACAAAAUAGAUUUGAGUUCUGACUAAAAUCGUUGAUGUCACAUCAAGGGAUAGGUGUUGUAUAACAUUGAGGCCGAGGCAUAAAUUGAUGUCAUGAGUUGCUUUUUUUUUCCUUUAUUUUUCUACUGAGGAUAGGGAAUAAAAUAAAAACUUUGUUAAGCUUAACAUGAGCAGUUAUUGCAAUUUUCUGCCA